CCUGCAUCCACAUCUCCCCCUUCCUGCCUCUCCUCCUCGCCUUGUUAUUCAGCCCACUCUUCUCCUCCUCCUCCAUUCUGAUGUCAUGACGGCCACGUGAAGCGCGCGACUGCAACUUGUGCAUGUCCAAAAAGAGGGGCGAGAUUAAAAACAAAAGCGGGGUCACAUGCUCAAUGAGGAGUUGAAGGAGAAGAAGAAAAAGAAGAAAAGGAGGAGGAGGAAGAGGAGGAGGGUGUUGGAAAAACACGCUCACGGGUUGCCGCUGCCGCUUCUUCCACUGUGAGUGCCUUCGCCCUGAGCCGAGCAACAGCAUGGAUCUCUCCUUCAUGGCUGCGCAGAUCCCAGUAAUGACGGGAGCCUUCAUGGACUCGUCACCGAACGACGACUACAGCGGCGAGCACUCGCUCUUCAACUCGUCGGCCAGCGUCCACGCUGCUGCCUCGGCUGCCUCUGUGCAAGGCCAGCAGGACGAAUCACAGUCCAUGUCCAGUGACGCCAUCUGGCUUUGGAUUGCCAUCGUCGCCACCAUUGGGAACAUUGUGGUGGUGGGCGUGGUCUAUGCCUGCACUUUCUGAUGAAUCGUAUGCUUCCGUGCAAAGACCAAUUCUUUGAGAACCUUUAAACAUCACCAGAGUGGAAGACUCUUUUGUUAGAUUCUAAGAUUCCCUUGGAAACGGGACACCUGUCCACCAAGAAUCACUGGAACUUUAAUUCCUCCUAAGUUUGUUUCCAUGUUUCCCCUUAGAACAGAAGACACUCAUUUGCCAUGCAGAGAUGAAGGUUAAAUGGGGCUUGAGAUUCGGGUUGAUCCGGGGCCAUCGCAAGCCUCUGUUGCCGCAAAGCAAUUUAGGGCAGCGCUGUUUAAUUAUGCCUCUGAACAUGGAUGGUGAAUGUUAAAAAAUUUAGAAGGCACUGGGAUUUUUUCAUCUCAGGCAACCCUGAGGCCCAACGCCAUUAGGGCUCAUGUAAGGAUACGUUGUGGAUCAAACAUGGACAUACUGUACAAGAAGUGAACAUUUUAACAUCAUUGAACUCCACUUACUGUACACUGAAAAUCACAACGCUAUCACAUCAUCAAGGCCUAAAUUUAACAAUGCGCUAAUUCAGUUAGCCCCACAUCUUCCUCUUACCCCAUUGCUGAUCAUUACUAGCCAUACGUUAUCUUUGACAGGGUUUGGUCAGGGUGACAAUCUGCUCGCUGUGACCUUGAGGUGUUUAACAGGUGUAAAGCCAGCAUUCAUUACAAACAAGUUGUGCUCUACCUGCUGAAAAACCUGCUUUGAAAUGCUCAGAAAUGAUCAUAAUAUUAUCAUGAAGCGAUUAUGUUAGCCAGUGGCCACAACAUUAGGAUAAUAAUGCCUAGAGAGGCAUCAAUUUAACAAUGCGCUUUUCAGAACCUACUCAAUUGGCUAAAUGAAGUAAACAAAAUAUAAGAAACAGUAACAGCAACAGCAUAUAAUAAACACAUUGCUUCAUGAAUAUCCUUCUGACAGUGUCAAUUAAAACUGAGCAUUGCUACAUUGAUACAGUUCUUGCUUGUGUUGAAUGUCAUUAUUGUUGUCAGUGAAAAUUAGGGAUGUGCAUUUGACAAAAUCUCCUUCAUCGACUAUCAGUUAAUCAAUGAAUUCUCAUUUUCAAAUUUUAUAUGGCAGAAAAUAUUAAGGAAAUGCAUCCAAAAACAUUUUUGGACAAAGACUAUUAUUAUAAACAACUGGCAUUAUAGUCUUUAUCUUCUUCUUUAGCUCAGUGGUUUAGUAACUAGUUGAGAUGAAUCAACAGCGCCUCUGCUGGUUGCAGCCAAAUACUGCACAAGAUUGAUCAAGAAUGAAUUCCAGACAAUUCAGAAUAUGACAGAUUAAUAUGUCUAUCCCGAGUAUGUUAACAAAAUAACAAAUAAAACACGGCGGUAGAAGCACAAAACAUGUUUGAACAUUUACAUUUAUUCUCAAACUGUGGCACAAAUACCACUGGUGGUACGCAGGCUCCAUUUGGUAGUACUCAGAAUUUUUUUUUAUUUAUAAAAAUGCAAUUACAUUAGGUGCAUAUACAUGUGACAUAUUGUACAAAUGACAACCAAAGAUUAGAUGAAAUGUAAUUCAAAUUGUUCUUUGCUGAAAUAUGAACUCACGUCACAGGCCACAAGCCAAUUACCUGAAAAAUGGUGGUACGGCCGUCCCUCGCCACUUUGCGCUUUGAAUUUCACGGCUUCACGCUAUCAUGGUUUUUCAAAAUUAUAUAAAUUAAUAAUUCAUGCUGUUUUGUGGUCAAAUAUGUCCUACUAUUAGUCACUAGCUUAUAGUCACUAUUGGUCAUAUUUAAGCAAAUUGCACAUAUUUUUGCCUCAAUUAAGCCUCUUCAAGCAUAAAAAUGGCUAAAUGAAGUAAAACAUAAAUAUAAGAUAUUCAGAAGACACAUUCAAAGACGCUGGGAUGAUAUGCAGUAUUAGACACUGGUCACUAGGUGUCAGUAAUGUUGCUGUAAUGUAAUGUCUGCUGCUGACACACAAGCACCAGACUUGACUGCCUUUAUUUAAGGCUUUUAUUUAAAUUUUCUAACAACAGGCACAAUAAUCCCUAACACGGGCUACUGUUGCGCCCGUUAACCCAUGCCAAGCUAAAAUCAACCCCUGACGUCACUUCCUGUCCUCGCCACUGGAACACAUUUACAGCAACACACACAAGUCUUAUUUAUGAAUGACUUAUUUUGUGUUAUUAUGUCUACUAUUUUGGGUAAUAUGAGUGUAAAGGUGAUUUCACAUUUAGACAUUUCUAAUCAUGUUAAAAACCGUAGAAGGUCAUAGACACAUUUUCUAUCCUCUAACUACAAAAAUAUCCAUCCAUUCAUUCAUUUUCUAUGCCGCAUUUCCUCUAUAAGGUUGUGGGGGUAUGCUGGAGCCUAUCCCAGCUGACUGAAUGGUUCUAAUUAUGUUAAAAACCGUAGAAGGUCGUAGACAGGUUUUCUAUGCUCUAACUACAAAAAUAUUCCAUUUGUAAAUACGAAAUCCUACUUCGCGGAAAUUCAAUCAUCAUGGUCGUGUCUGGAACCAAAUAACUGCGAUAAACGAGGGAUUACUGUACUAGCAGUUUGGUGAUACUUGGUGUGUUUGAACAUAGAAACGUUGUGUUGUUGGACCAUUUUUUUCUAUUGUUUUUCUAUUAAUUGAUAUACGCUUUAGAACAGAAAACAUAUUUCAGCUUCUUUGUUGCAGAGUGAAUGCAUUAGUGUUGUGCUGUACUUUACCGUCCACGGUCUCAAAUGGAGACUUUAAUCAUGCUAAUUCAAGUACAACCUACAAAGUUUUUUGUUCUCUUUCAUUCACACACAAAAACCAAUCAAACACUCCAUUCACAAAAAUAUAACAUCUUUACUUAUUGAUGUAUGUGCUUUUUAAACAGUCAUUGUAUCAACUGGAUUUAAUUUUGUUCUCCAAAAUGUGACCCUGAAGUGACCACAUAUAGUUUGACUUUUGUUGCUUUCCUCACCUCGUGAUAAGAUUAUUUAAAUAUUCAAUAGUCAAAUGUUUAACGCGACUUACAACGGCGACUGUAUCCUAGACACAAGAUGAUGUAAGUAUCUUAACGAGUGUACUUGCUAAAUCAAUACUCUUGGGGGUUUUCAGGCCUGCUUUUUAAUAACUGGUUGAUGUAUAGAACUACUUAGAAAUGUUGUAAACCACUUAUACACAAUACUCCUUUUGUAAAGAUGUACGCUUUUAGAAUCAAUGCGGUAAUGUACAUUGUAUCCUGUAAAUAUCUGUAUGGGAGCGUAAAACGUAAACAGGUGAGAAGUUGUUUUAGUUCGUUUUUGGUUUUUCCUGGUGGAGGCGCCGCACUGCAGAGUCAUCUCAGUCGAGACUGAUGCGAACGUCCGAUGGCGCCGUCUGUCAUUUUGACACAAGUUGUUUGGAAAGCCACUCUAUUCUUGUGCGCUCUGCCGAAUCUUAACCUUCUUUUUUUGUUGUUUUGGUUGAAACAAAAGAUGAUUUACUGAAAGUUUUCAGUGGUAAAGCAAUGUAAACAUGAUCUUGUGUAUUUGCAGUAAAAAAAAAAGCUGUUUCUGAGAAGUGUGUGCACUUGAUUUACUGUUCCUAUAAAGGCACCUGACUCUCUAUGUAUGUUCACUUUAUUUACUGUGACUGACUGACUGGGUUUCCCCAAACUUUUUUAGCCGGUUAAAAAUUUGAGACA